GACGUCAUAAAUAACGACGACAUCAACAAUCAAUAUUUCCUACUCAACAUCGCAACAGUUCUUCUGUCUAUCCGCUGUUUGUCAUUUCUCUGCUCUCUUCCCUUCAUCAUACCCACUACAUCUCCUGUCUGCUAUAUCGGUUCCUCUGACGCCCUGAAUCCUCAAACUCCCCCACUCACCCGCUAUGCCUGAUCCCCGCGUCUUCAUCAUCCGUCACGGAGAAACCGAAUGGUCCCUGAAUGGACGCCAUACCGGUACCACCGAGCUUCCCCUAACCGCGAACGGCGAGAAGCGCAUCAUUGCGACCGGCAAAGCGCUCGUCGGCGAUGACAGAUUGAUCGUCCCCGGAAACCUGGCGCAUAUCUACGUCUCCCCCCGCCACCGCGCCCAACGCACCCUCGAACUCCUCAAUCUAGGCUGCGCCGACCAGUACCCCUGGCGCACACCCGCCUCCGAACCCUCCGUGCCCCUCCUAGACAACACCGCCUGCGUCCGCACAACCGCCCACAUCCAAGUCACGCCCCUCGUCCGCGAAUGGGACUACGGCCACUACGAGGGUCUGCGCUCCGCCGAGAUCCGCGAAUCCCGCGCCAGACGCGGCAUACCGCACGCCCACGACUGGGACAUCUGGCGCGACGGGUGCGAAGGCGGCGAGUCCCCCGCGGACGUGACGGAGCGGGUGGAUGAGCUGAUUCGGGAGAUCCGGGAGAAGUGGCAUCGAGGCAAGUUUGGCAACGAGGCCGGGUGGAAGAGGAGGGAUGGAACGGGACCGAAUGAUGUGUUGAUUGUGGCGCAUGGGCAUCUUUUGAGGGCGUUUGCGGCGAGGUGGGUGGGCAUGGAGUUGGAGAGGAAUCCCAGUUUAAUACUCGAGGCCGGGGGUGUGGGGACGUUGAGUUACGAACAUCACAACAUCGAAGAACCGGCGAUUCUAUUAGGAGGCGCUUUCGUCGUCGAUGUCGUAGAAAAAGAGCAGGGAGAGAAGGAGGAACUACGAAAGGAGAAAGAAGAUGCGCAAAAGAAGAACUCAUGAGCCAUGAAUGCAUUACGUCCGAUAUGCUACCUCCAUUACGCAAGACCGUAGACUUGAACCUUUGGCACCCGAUUAGUCCUCGUCGGCCACGCAUUGAUAAUACCAUUCUGCCAUCCGUCAGCUCAGGGAUCACUAGAUAUCAAUCUCGAGUUCCAACGUACCAUUUUGCCAAACACAUUUCGCGCCCGAGACACACUUUGUGCACCCGGUCCAUGGCUUGCCGUCAUAGUACCCUCCGCAUUGGUAGUACAGCGGCACGGGGCACCUCGUACUGCUUGGGCCAACCUCCUCGGUUUGCGUUUUUGUAGGUGGUAGUGGCCGGGUGCUUGUCU